AUGUCUGGUAGUAUGAGCAAUUCACUUGUGUUAGUUAACACGAAACAAGAUCCGAAAGGAUUGAAGAAUGUCAAGUUGAGUACGCAAACCAAAUCGAAACUAUUCACGUCGAAUGGAACAAAAAAUUCCCCACUAACUAGUGAUGCGCAGCAAUCAUUGCUUCAGCUAGGAUUUCGCAUCAACGAAAAAUUAAUCGGAACUGGUUCCUAUGCAAAAGUCAAACGAUGUAUACGUGAACUUGAUAAUAAAGAAUUCGCUGUGAAGAUUAUCGAUCGUGACAAAGCACCAUCGGACUUUGUGUCGAAGUUUUUACCCCGUGAACUCGAUAUCAUUCGAAUGUUAGAUCAUCCGAAUAUUGUCAAAGUAGCACAUAUACUUCAAACGAAGUCACUAACAUUGAUUGUCAUGGAGUAUGCGCCAAGCGGCGAUUUACUUGAUUAUAUCAAUAAAAACACGCGCUUGCAAGAAACAAUGGCAAAACGUAUGUUUCGAGAAUUGUGUGAUGCUAUCUAUUAUAUCCAUUUUCGAAAUAUAUGUCAUCGAGAUCUAAAAUGUGAGAAUCUGUUACUCGAUCAGCAUCUGAGGAUUAAACUAGCGGACUUUGGAUUUUCACGAUAUUGUGUCGAACCUGCGCCUUCGGAGAACAACAGAAAAAGUGUGAUAGAGAAGAAGAUUCUAAGCCGAACUUUCUGUGGUUCAGCUGCAUACGCGGCGCCGGAAAUUCUUCGUGGUCAAGAAUAUAACCCGAAAUUGUAUGAUAUUUGGUCAGCUGGAUGUAUUCUUUACAUUAUGAUUUAUUCGAAAAUGCCAUUCGAUGAUUCCGAUAUGAAGAAAAUGAUCGAAGCGCAAAUGAGCAAAGGUGGUCUCCGCUUAGGUAGUGAAGGAUCCACAGAAGCGCAAGAUCUUAUUUUACGUAUGCUUCAACCUGAAGUUACUCAACGAUGGCCUAUAGAAUUGAUUCAAAAACAUCCAUGGUUCGGUAAACAGACAACUACGGACAAGCAAACAACAUCGUCAUCAGCUUCCUACGUUGGAACAAUUAAUCGUGUGCAAGAUAACGGUGGUGGUAGUGGUAAUACACAUCAAAUUCAAAAACGGCAAGCACCUCCUGUUUACGCAUAA